AAUCAUCGUGAACAUAGCCAUCGAAAUUGAGCCAACAGAACCUACAAGAAGAAUUGGGAUUCUAUGGGUGACGAUCAGCCAAUAGAUCAACCAACAGCCAACGGCAGUCGUCGCCGAGGCCGAGGCGCAGAGGCAGAGAAGCGCGCGGAAGCCCUAGAACGCCUGAAAGCCUUCCGUCAGGGAGAGCGUCGCUCUGCCGCCUCCGAACCUGCUUCCUACGUGAAGCUCGAUGAGCCGAUCAUCGAGUAUGUGGACAACGACCAGUACAAAGAGGUCCUGAACAAGCGCCGGAAAGAGGCCGCGGAUUUCAUCGAGGCCGACGAGGCAAACGGAGAUUUCGGCUACCUCGACGAUGGUGGCGAAGACGAAUGGAGUCAGCCGGCUCAUUAUCUUUCGUCCGGUGAUGACGAAUCUGAUGGCGAAAGAUAUUCGAGGGGAAAAAAGGUGAAAAAAAAGGAAAAAAGGGACAACAACAACAAUAGUAACAGAGUAAGCAAAAGUAGCGCCGCAUUAUCGGCGGCGGCGGCAAUGAUGGGGAAACAGAGGGUUUCUUCGAUGUUUACUUCAUCGGCUUUUAAUAAGAAGGGUAAAGAAACUGAUAAGGUGAAAUGCGAAAGCAUCGUUGAUGAUGUGAUCAAGCAGUUUGCCCCUGAUGAAUCUGAUAGGGAACGCCGUAGGCGAGGGCAAAUCAGUCAUUUGGCUUCAGUUCGGCCCUCCAAAGUGGUUUCCACGGUAGUUCAUCCCGUUAGGAGUGAAGAUGAGUUAGUUAGGAUAAAUAAAGGUUUGGAGGAAUUUGUCGAGGAGGAUAAGUAUCCUGAGAACAAUGAAGGAGCAAUUCUGGAAUUUAAUGACACCAAGGUUAAGGAAGUGGAGGCCGAGGUUGAGAUGAAGGUGGAGGUGGUGGGGGAGAGGAAGGAGGAGAAGGAGGAUAAGGAGGAUAAGGAGGAUAAGGAGGGAAGCGUGCAUAAGUUGAAUGCGAAAAUUUCUGAGGAGAAGAAGGAUGAGGCUUUGAGUGCAAUGGCGGGGUGGAAGGCGGUGAAGAGUGAAGGGAAUGGCAAUCUGGGUGGUUCUGUGGAAGGGAACACUGGCUUUAGUGGUGAAGGACAGUCGGAGUUUGAGCUGGACAUGGAUAGUUCAUUGCCUUUUUACAUAAUUGAUGCUCACGAGGAGUUUUAUGGGGCUAAUAUGGGUACUCUUUAUCUGUUUGGGAAGGUCAAAGUUGGGAAUGAAUACCAAAGUUGCUGUGUCGUUGUAAAGAACAUGCAGAGAUGUGUUUAUGCAAUCCCAAAUAAUUCUGUAUUUCACAAUGAUGAGAUGGUGAAACUUGAGAAAGAUGGGGAAGAGUCCAAGAUUUCUUCUUCUGGUUUCCGAACAAAGCUUCAUGAUGUGGCAUCAGGAUUGAAGAAUGAAGUUGCAAAACACUUGUUAAAUCUUAAUGUUUCAAGUUUUACCAUGGCCCCGGUUAAGAGGCGAUAUGCUUUCGAGAGAUCUGACAUACCUGUUGGGGAGAAUUAUGUGCUCAAGAUUAACUAUCCAUUCAAGGAUCCACCACUUCCAGCAGAUCUGAAAGGAGAAACGUUCUGUGCUUUGCAUGGGACUUGCAGCAGUGCAUUGGAGCUUUUCCUUGUUAAAAGGAAGGUGAAGGGGCCUUCUUGGCUGUCAGUUUCAAAUUUUUCUACAUGUUCGGCUUCUCAGAGGAUCAGCUGGUGCAAGUAUGAGGUUAUUAUUGACUCGCCCAAAGAUAUUAGGAUUUCAUCUUCAUCAAAGAGCACGACAGAAAUUCCCCCUAUUGUUGUUUCAGCUAUAAAUUUGAAGACUAUCAUCAACGGGAGGCUGAAUAUAAAUGAAGUAGUCUCAGCAUCCAUUAUCUGCUGUCGCAGAGCUAAGAUAGACACUCCUAUGUUGGCUUCAGAAUGGAAGAAGCCUGGUCUCCUCAGCCACUUUACUGUUGUCCGCAAACUUGAUGGAGGCAUUUUUCCAAUGGGGUUUACCAAAGAGGUGACAGAUAAAAACUCGAAAGCUGGAUCAAAUGUUUUAGUCUCUGAAAGCAGUGAAAGAGCUUUAUUAAAUCGGCUGAUGAUUGAGUUAUACAAGUUGGACAGUGAUGUUCUUGUCGGACAUAAUAUAUCUGGGUUUGACCUGGAUGUUCUCCUGCACAGAGCCCAGGCUUGCAAAGUACCAAGCAGUAUGUGGUCCAAAAUUGGCCGUCUGAAGCGUUCUAUGAUGCCCAAGUUAACAAAAGGAAGCACCAUCUUCGGGUCUGGAGCAAGCCAAGGGAUCAUGUCAUGCAUUGCUGGUCGUCUUUUAUGUGAUACAUAUUUGUGUUCCCGUGACUUGUUAAAAGAGGUUAGCUAUUCUUUGACACAACUGUCAAAGACUCAGCUAAACAAAGACCGCAAGGAGAUUGCUCCACACGAUAUUCCCAGAAUGUUCCAAACAUCUGAAUUGCUCAUGGAACUUAUUGAAUAUGGUGAGACUGAUGCAUGGUUAUCUAUGGAACUCAUGUUUCAUCUGAGUGUUCUUCCCCUUACUCGCCAGCUGACCAAUAUCAGUGGUAAUCUUUGGGGAAAGACUCUCCAGGGUGCUAGGGCACAAAGAGUAGAGUAUCUUUUAUUGCAUGCAUUUCAUGCAAAAAAGUACAUUGUCCCAGACAAGUCUUCAUCUUACACAAAGGAAACAAAAGUUACAAAAAAGAGAAUAAAUGACGGGGUUGGGGAGGGAAAUGUAGAUGAGGUGGAUAACAAUGAUGUGAAUUUUGAUGAAACUCACAAUGACCGCGGAAAAGGGAAAAAAGGUCCUGCGUAUGCUGGUGGAUUAGUUUUGGAGCCAAAAAGAGGUCUAUAUGACAAGUAUGUGUUGCUCCUGGAUUUCAACAGUCUCUACCCUUCCAUUAUUCAGGAAUACAAUAUAUGCUUCACAACAGUUGAAAGGUUUCCAGAUGGAUCAGUUCCUCGUUUGCCAUCUAGUAAAACAACUGGAGUUCUACCUGAGUUGCUGAAAAAUUUGGUUCAGAGAAGGAGAAUGGUAAAGUCAUGGAUGAAAAAUGCAUCUGGUAUUAAGGUCCAGCAACUUGAUAUUCAGCAGCAGGCACUCAAGCUCACUGCAAAUAGUAUGUAUGGAUGCCUUGGGUUUUCUAAUUCGAGAUUUUACGCAAAGCCUCUUGCAGAGCUUAUUACACAACAAGGAAGGGAGAUUCUUCAAAGCACUGUUGAUCUUGUUCAGAAUAAUUUAAACUUGGAGGUAAUUUAUGGAGACACCGAUUCAAUAAUGGUUUACAGCGGACUAGAUGAUAUUGCAAAAGCAAAAACAAUUGCAGGAAAAGUCAUCCAAGAGGUAAAUAAAAGGUAUAAGUGUCUAGAAAUUGAUCUUGACGGUCUGUACAAGAGAAUGCUGCUUCUGAAGAAGAAAAAGUAUGCAGCUGUAAAGGUGCAGUUCAAGGAUGGGACACCAUAUGAGGUUAUUGAACGCAAAGGUCUUGAUAUGGUUCGUCGUGACUGGAGCUUACUGUCUAAGGAAUUGGGAGAUUUCUGCCUUGGUCAAAUCUUGUCUGGAGGGUCUUGUGAGGAUGUUGUUGAGUCAAUACAUAACUCUCUCAUGAAGUCACAGGAAGAAAUGAGGAAUGGACAAGUAGCACUUGAGAAAUACAUCAUCACAAAAACAUUGACUAAACCACCUGAAGCCUAUCCUGAUGCCAAAAAUCAACCGCACGUUCAGGUGGCUCUGAGAUUGAAGCAAAGUGGUUAUUCUACUGGUUGCUCAGCUGGUGAUACAAUUCCAUACAUAAUUUGCUGUGAACAGGGGACUAGUUUGAGUAAUUCGGCAGGGAUUGCUCUUCGUGCCAGGCAUCCUGAUGAGUUGAUAAAAGAUGAGGGGAAAUGGAUGAUCGACAUUGAUUACUACUUGUCACAGCAGAUCCAUCCAGUGGUAUCCCGUUUAUGUGCUUCAAUUCAAGGAACAAGCCCAGAGCGGUUGGCUGAUUGUUUAGGACUUGACCCAUCCAAGUUUCAAAGUAAAUCAAGUGAAGCAGUCAGCAAUAACCCAGUUAGUUCGUUCUUGUUUGCUGUAGAUGAUAAUGAGAGAUAUCAGGGUUGUGAGCCAUUGACCUUGUCAUGUCCAAGCUGUUCAGGUACUUUUGACUGCCCUGCUGUAUUUAGUUCCGUUUGUAUGUUAACUGGUGAGAAGCCAACAAAGCUGCAACAAGAGGAAUCUACCUGCAAUUUUUGGCUCAAGCUGCGCUGCCCUAAAUGUCCUGCCGAAGGUGAUCUCGGUAGAAUAUCUCCUGGAAUGAUAGCAAACCAGGUCAAAAGGCAAGUGGAUGGGUUUAUUUCAAGGUACUACAAGGGCUUAAUGAUGUGUGACGAUGAAACUUGCAAGCACACAACUCGAAGUCUGAACCUGCAGUUGGUUGGUGAUUCUGAGAAAGGAACAGUUUGUCCAAACUAUCCCCGCUGCAACGGGCGUCUUGUGAGAAAGUACACUGAAGCAGAUCUAUACAAGCAACUUUCAUAUUUCUGUCAUCUCUUGGAUACCACAAGCUGCAUAGAAAAGAUGGAGACCAGUGCGAGGAUACCGCUAGAGAAAGAGUUAGCCAAAGUUCGGCCACUGGUUGAUUUGGCUGCAUCUACAGUUCAAAGAAUUCGAGACCGAUGUGCCUUUGGUUGGGUGCGGAUGAUUGACCUCAUUAUCGCAGUUUGAAUCACGUCUAGGUUCUUUUUUUAUUAUUCUAAUUCUGCCCGUACAUAUUUAUGAACCUAGGGAUCAUCGGCUGACGAAAUGUAAGUGGCAAAACUAAGUCCUAUUUUUUAUUUUUGUAAAUUUCACUUAUUUGGGUGCUGAUCAAGAGCUGGUCAUGGGUCAAGUUGGGCCUGCAGGUGGAUUUUGGGUCCAACUUAAGGUCGGCCUAAGCCAUCUAAACUCGGCCCACAGAAUACCUCAGCUUCAAUGACCAAAUCCAAAAGAUAAUCAAAUUUAAACGA